GAGGUACCCGUGAGAUGUUUGGAGAAUUUUUAUAAAAUUAUUUAUUUAAAUAAAAAUGGCCGCCGUAGAGAGCGGAGAGGAGAGACUCGGUGAGGAGAAGAGUGAGGACGCCAACCAGAAUCAGAGCUCCAACGACAAGGACCCUGAGACACACAGCAAGCCCAAGAAGGUGAGGCGGGAGCGGAGGGAUGUGGAGAAGGAGAGGCUGAAGUCUUCAUCCACCACCACCAUGUCCUCCCCUCCUCGUCCUCCAGCCCAACAGCCCUGUGUGGACCAGGACCAGCCCCAGCUUGCCGAGGCCGAGGCGGGGCCCUCUGAGCCCACGGUCACUGCAGCCGGUGAAGCCUCGGGUUUCUCCGAGUCCCCUGCUUCGCCCAAACAGAGGAGGUCCAUCAUCAGAGACCGUGGUCCGCUCUACGACGACCCCUCUCUGCCCCAGGGCUGGACACGUAAACUCAAACAACGCAAGUCUGGGCGUUCCGCCGGAAAGUUUGACGUCUACUUGAUGAACCCCGAGGGGAAAGCCUUCCGUUCCAAGGUGGAGCUGAUCACCUUCUUCCAGAAGGUAGGGGACACCGCCACCGACCCCAACGACUUCGACUUCACCGUGACGGGGCGUGGCAGUCCCUCCCGCCGCGAGAAGAGACCCCCAAAGAAACCCAAUGUGGUGAAACCGUCAGGGAGGGGCCGGGGUCGGCCGAAGGGGAGUGGGAAGGUCUUGGAGGGCGUGGCAAUGAAGCGUGUGGUGGAGGAGAGUCCUGGGAGGCUCUUGGUCAAGAUGCCUUUCGGAGCAUCCAAGGCAUCCGAAGCGGCGGGGCAGCCGUCAGCAUCGGUCGUAGUCGCCAAGAUGCGCCCAGGACGGAAAAGGAAGGCAGAGACACCACCGCAGACUGCUCCGAAAAAGCGGGGGCGUAAGCCAGGGUUUGUGUCAGCGGCAGUUGGGGCGGCGGGUUCCAGUACUUCCCCCUACGCAGUGGCCGCUAUCCUCGCCGCAGAAGCCAAGAAGAAAGCUCAGAAGGAGUCUUCCACUAAGCCGGUGCAGCAGACCGCUCUGCCCAUCAAGAAACGCAAGACCAGAGAAACUGUUGAGGAGUCGAAAGACAUUCCAGCUAUAGCCACGCCAGAGCUGGGGACAGGUGGUGGUGGAACGGGGACAGGGACAGGGAGUGCUGUGGUGGUGGCAGCAGCAGAGAGGACAGACCAGGGACAGAAGGAUCAGGGACAGAAGCUGCCAAAGAGUCCAGGGAGGAAGCACAAGUAUAGUCCCCUUACUGCCGGGGUGACUGGAGAGGACAGUGGUGGGGCCAGUGUUGGGUCUAACAGCGGGGCCAGCAGAGGUGGCAGCAGCAGUAGCAUCACUACCCCAAAGAGCCACAGCCACAAGAGAAAAGAGCGUACGCCUCACCACCGCCUCCACCACCACCACCACCACCACACACACUCCUCUGUAGGGGAGGAUCCUCCUCCUCCUCCCUCCCAGCGGCCCCCUCACCACCACUUCCCCGGCCUGACUAUGGGCCUGGUCUCCCAUACAGCCAGGGCCUCGGUGGGGCCAGGGGCCCUCCGGCAGAAUGAGCCCCAGGACCUGAGCACCUCCAGGGUGCCCUGCCGGACCAGCACCACCACAGCCAGAGGAGAGAGAGAGGAGGUCAGGCAGGUCAGACAGGACAGGUGUCCAAAGCCUCCGGCCACUGCAGUGGUGGGAACUGGUGACACCAGGGCCAACAAGCAUCAAGUGGACGAGGCAGCGGGGACUGUGGAAGGGAGGGAUUUGAGAGACAUUGUGCUCUGCUCAGUCGUACCCAGGCCAAGCCGGGAGGAGACAGUCUCAGUCGUACCCAGGCCCAGCCGGGAGGAGACAGUCUCAGCCAUACCCAGACCCAGCCGGGAGGAGACAGUCUCAGCCGUACCCAGACCCAGCCGGGAGGAGACAGUCUCAGCUGUACUCAGACCCAGCCGGGAGGAGACAGUCUCAGCUGUACCCAGGCCCAGCCGGGAGGAGACAGUCUCAGCCGUACCCAGGCCCAGCCGGGAGGAGACAGUCUCAGCUGUACCCAGACCUAGCCGGGAGGAGACAGUCUCAGCUGUACCCAGACCCAGCCGGGAGGAGACAGUCUCAGCUGUACCCAGGCCCAGCCGGGAGGAGACAGUCUCAGCUGUACCCAGGCCCAGCCGGGAGGAGACAGGCUCGGCUGUACCCAGACCCAGCCGGGAGGAGACAGUCUCAGCUGUACCCAGGCCCAGCCGGGAGGAGACAGUCUCAGCUGUACCCAGGCCCAGCCGGGAGGAGACAGUCUCAGCUGUACCCAGACCCAGCCGGGAGGAGACAGUCUCAGUCGUCCCCAGGCCCAGCCGGGAGGAGACAGUCUCAGCCGUACCCAGACCCAGCCGGGAGGAGACAGUCUCAGCCGUACCCAGACCUAGCCGGGAGGAGACAGUCUCAGCCGUCCCCAGACCCAGCCGAGAGGAGACAGUCUCAGCCGUACCCAGACCUAGCCGGGAGGAGACAGUCUCAGCCGUACCCAGAUCCAGCCGGGAGGAGACAGUCUCAGCCGUACCCAGACCCAGCCGGGAGGAGACAGUCUCAGCCGUACCCAGGCCCAGCCGGGAGGAGACAGUCUCAGCUGUACCCAGACCCAGCCGAGAGGAGACAGUCUCAGCCGUACCCAGGCCCAGCCGGGAGGAGACAGUCUCAGCCGUACCCAGGCCCAGCCGGGAGGAGACAGUCUCAGCCGUACCCAGGCCCAGCCGGGAGGAGACAGUCUCAGCCGUACCCAGACCUAGCCGAGAGGAGACAGUGGAGUCUCGGACGCCGGCCACUGAAAGGGUUAGUUGACUGCGUUGCAGGACCCAUGUCUGUUAGGAGAGAGGAACCGUGUAGUGGAGCAGUGGGUUUUAUAAGAAAACACAAGGCAGCUGUUGGUUGAUGUUCUUUCUGUGGGUUGGGCUGUUUAUCUGUUUAUUGACAAACAAAUAGUGCAGCUUAAAGGACAACCCACAACAGAUUGCUUCCUGAUACAUUUUCUUUUAUUUAUUAUUUGGUCAUUGUUUUGCUCUUUUGUUUCUGCUUUAAACCUGUUAGUCAUCCACUGCGACCCAUGAUCCUUUGCUCAAAGCUUACAGGACGCGGAGGACCUACACUUCCUGUUACAUCAUCAGCCGGAAACUAUGGAAUCCAUGGUUUAAGAUACCGUUAUGAAAAUUGGACUGAAAAAAGGGGUUUGGAUUUGCCUAAAGCCAGGCCUCAUGUCCUGUCGGGCCCUUAGAAGUGGGCUCGCCAGUGUUGUUGUGCAGUACUGUGUGGAUAAAACGCAUCACAAUACACAUAUGCCAUGCAAGCUGCCACUGCUUCUGUUGUAGCGUAUUCUUUUUUUUACCGCAGUACGCUCAGGCUGAGUCCCAAAUGGCAACAUUUCCCCAUUUAAUGCACUGCUUUAUAGGGCCCCUGGUCAAACGUAGUGCACUAUAUAGGGAAUAGGGGUGGCAUUUUGGAUGCAAGCCUCUGUUUCCAGCUCUACAGACCAGGCCUAUUCAUUUAGGUGACACGUGUUUCCCUCUAACCUAUAUAAUGUCGGCCUGUGUGUCCCAAAUGGUACCCUAUUCCCUAUGUAGUGCACUACUUCGACCAGAGACCUAUGAGCCCCUGUCAAAAGUAGUGCACUACGUAGGGAAUAGGGUUCCAUUUGAAACGAAACACUCUUGAUGCUGACAGAUAACUUCCUAUCUGAUGGUUGAGGUGAUGAACCCCCCCCCCCUUGGAUACACCAAUGACGUGUGGUUGAUGAAUGUUUGGCUACUGAAAACAGGUUUAAUUUCAUUUAAACGCAUUAGAAUUCUACUGAUGCCUUUCCUCUCGCCGUUUACGUAUAUAACGGAUGCUGACUGUAGUCCCACACAGAAGCAAAUAAUAGGAUACCAAUCAUUUAAAACUGUAUUUUAUUUUUUUACUAGUAAUGCAAAUUAGAUAGUAAAUGGAAAUUUUACCCAGUUUCUCCUAAAUUGAACUGUUUCCCCACAGUCAGAAAGGAAGUUAAAAGCACAACUGGACCCAGGAAUUAUGAUAGCGAAUGCUCCAUAGAUUCGUCACCUGUAUUUUGUCAAUACCUAAAGUAUCAUACGUUUUUUUAAUACUGAAAUUACAUCCCAAAGACAUUAUAAAUAACCAAACCCACUGGAGUAAGUUAUUUUGUUCUCUGUUGUGUGUAAAAAAAUAAAAAAAUCUGUCAAUAAUUAAACGUAAACAGCACAGUGGGUCAAUUUCCGCAACAACUAAGAGCGUUGAAGCGCGAGGCUCAACUUCUCCACUGUUUUUGGUCCCGUGGCUACCACGCUGUACACGGCGUGAAUCGAACGUGCAGAUACUGUGUGAGAGCGAAGUGUUGCAUCUCGCUCAUCUCAAUAUCUCCGGUACUGCUCGCGGCAACAUCAUUUAGCCGAGUCUACCUUUUUAAUGUAUUCAAAUGCUCUAAACGUUUAUUUAAAAAUAGAAGAUUUUAUUAUUUUGACCGGGAAUAUUUCCGUCUCCAGUUUUGACGUAGGGCUAUGGAUGUCAACACAGGACUCCUUUCUGCGUGCAACUGAACUAGACUCUUUACUCACGGCUUGUGAAACUUGCUGCGUUAGACUAGUUGGUUUCCUUUAGUUUAAACUCACAGGUAGGAAGUCAAAAGAUGUGGCACAAAAAAAACGAACAAAAAACUAAAUGUAACGCAUGCUAGAGGUGGAAGCUAGAACUUGCUCCAUGGUCACCUCAUGUGUUGCCGGUGUUUUUAGAUGAGAAAUCAUGUGAACAGUUGCAUCGUAGUCGGUCAGAUUUAAAAACGUAUGGUUGGAAUUCAAUCAAAUCUGCAGUGAGCAGAAAUCGGCAUCCCUGCGCAGACAAUAGUCUACAAUGUGUUGUGUUGAUAACAAGCAAAAAUGUAAUCUGUUUUGUUUCACCCCAUUUUAACAAUGUCUCGCUAAUUACAUUAGUUAAAACAUGCAUUUUUCUUCUGGCUCAAUAACAAAUGUUUGAAUGAAUUUUACCCUACACUCACUCACUCACUCACUCACUCACUCACUCACUCACUCACUCACUCACUCACUCACUCACUCACUCACUCACGCAGAAGCAAUUCCAUAAAUGUACUGUAAUGACCCUGACUAGAAAAACAUUGUUUCUAAUCUGUACUCAGUCUUGAAUCUGAAAAAACGUAUUCUUGCAUGUCAGAACUCCGGAGAUCUAUUUGUUAGUGACUUCUUACAGUGUAACAUACUAUGAUAGUAUAGAUUAUUAUUACUUUAAUGCGCCAAUAUGUUAAACCUUGGAAUUAUCUGUAAUGGACAUGUUGAUGACAGUAUGAGGAUGUUGUGCAGAUCUGUUACAGUAAACAGUAGUACUCCGUUUUGGCACAACACCAGAAGACACAUUUUUUUCUAUCUGCACUAGAAUUUUCGCCUUCUGUAGAUCGGAUAUAAGAACUGUGAAAGUUCAAACCCCUGUCUCCACCUUGCAUUGAGAAUGUCCUAUAUCUACCAGAGAUUCAGACCCCUGUCUCCACCUUGUAUUGACAAUAUGUCCUAUAUCUGCCAGAGGAGGCUUUGUCCUCCUCAAUAAAAUGCAAAGUGGUUUG